GCUCUCGCGUGGCUUGACGCUUUGACCCUUGGCCGUGCUGCAAAUCUCGCUAUGAUGACCUGAGCCCUGGUUGGAUUUGAAGUUUUCACCGUCUCUCUCUCUCUCUCUCUGAGUUUAUAACGUCACAUUUAAGAAACUUACGCCUCCUGUUUUAACUAAAUGAAAGCUGUAAUUCUCGCCGCCGGGUACGGAACCAGGCUGCAGAGGGAUGUGGCGGCCGACAGCAGCGGCAGGUUCGCUCACCUGGCCGGCAGCGCCAAGCCUCUGCUGCCGGUGGGACGCUGCGCGCUGAUCUCACACUGGGUGCACGCUCUGACCGCCUCCGCCUGCGUGGACUGCGUCUAUGUGGUUACUAACGCUCUGUAUCAUGCUGCGUUUGAGGAGUGGGCAUCACAAUUCACAAAUGUGAAGAUUCUCAACGAUCAGACCAGAAGCAAUGAGGGCCGUCUUGGUGCUGUGGCCUGUCUGCAGCUUGCAGUGAAGCAUUUCAACAUAGAAGACCAUGUCUUGGUAAUUGGAGGCGACACCCUCUUCAAAGAGGAUUUUAGCCUCAGCAAAGUAAAAGAGAAGUUUUCUGACCUCCAAGCAAAGUGCGAGGACAGCUGCCUGGUGCUCUCCUACCAGUGCAGAGACGAUGAAACUCACAAAUAUGGGAUACUGGAAGUAGACAGUGACCUUCACGUCCUCUGUAUGAAGGAGAAGCCUCUUCCUUCUGAGACGAAGUCGAGGAGAGCAUGUCCCUGUUUCUAUGUGCUCUCAAAGAAAAGCCUCCCUCUGUUGGAUACUUUCAUUGAAGAAAAGAAGGCGGCUCCUAUUGAAGAGAAAGAUGCCCCAGGAAACUUUGUGUCUUGGCUAAUUUCAAGGAAGCCGGUUUACGUUCAUCAGAUUUCUGGGCGUUUCGACGUCGGAAACUUGCCGUCCUAUAUUGAAUGUGACCUUUACUUCAGAGAAAAACUUCAAGAUGUCGAGUCUUACAUGAUGUAAAAGAAACAGAAAUGGACAAAACUACC